AUGGAUGCUGAGGAAUCGACGGGUUUUUCAGAUUUUAGUGGACGCUUCCCUUUUGGUUGUUGCCUCCGCGAAAAGUGGAAGCCGCGAACCGAACAGGCUGGUUGCAGAGACUCGAACGGGGCCAUCUGGAUAGGGGCGGGGCCACGUUCGGCGCACGGUAGAAGAAAGAGAGAAAUAAAAAAAAGGGGAUUGCCCCAACAAGACUGGAACAUUCUAGAAUCCUGGGACGGCGAGAAAGCAGAGGUCUGCAACAGUCCGGAUCUCCGCCCUCACGGACGCCCCGGAUGCCGGACAUCGCGUUCGUCUACCUCCGCGGUUUCCGGACAUCCGCGGUUCUCGGACAUUUUAUCGAUAUUUACGUGUCGGACCGCGGAGCCACAGCUGUCAAAAACAGUAACCGCACGUGGUAUCGUUUUUUCACGUUCUCAGGGUUUCGGUAAAUCUCACGUGGAAAGAUGUCGUGUGAAGUGA